UAGUAAGGCCCAAACAAAUCAACAAGGCCUAAGUUUUCGCUGCCAGUAUCAGUAGCAGCUCAUUAGAUAUCCAGUCGGCCUAUUUUAUUCACUAUUAAGAGUAUUCUGUUGUUUAGGUUGAGGGCCUACUAAAAACGUACAGUACACACAGUAACAAAGUUCAAAGUAGUUAGACUACUAACUACUAGAUCUAGUUAGUAGUGUAACAAGUCAAGUUUACUGUAGUGUUUACCAGCCACCAGGACUUACCCGCUGGACUAGGACUGGUCACUGGAGAUCUCAUGAACUAAUAUGUCAGUAAUGACCAUGCAUUCGUCAUCCAAUGCCGAUUGUGAUGACUGUGAAGUAGAUUUAUUAUUUUCAUGGAAUUUAGACAAGCGAUCAAAAUCAAUUACAACAUGCUUCAUAGACCUAGACAAGUUUACAACUGAAGUUCAACAAAUAGAAGAGUCAGUAAACGAUUUGGAGGAAAAAUAUAGUCUAAGUUUUGGUUAUAAUAAAUAUGUGGAUACUAUGAAUGGCAUUCAACUUUCGUGUAACAAAGAAGUGGUUGAAUCAAGCAACUGUAUUCUAACAGUACAAACUUUAAAGUCUGACUCUACAAGAAUAAAUGGUAUAUGUAUAAUAAGUGAGUCAAGAACUCUAGAAGUUUCAAAUGAUAUGGAUGGUUAUUUAACAACUAUUAGGGGUAAACAGCUAUUUAAUUGUAUUGACAAAGAAGAAGGACAUAAAAAACUUUAUUUGUGCAAAUGCCUCUUUGAUGAAAGUUAUACUAACUUAACAGUGAAGUUUCUCUCUCUGGGUGGUUCUUCAUUUUUUACUGUGACGUCCUUGAUAAUCUGCUUAGAUAAACAAGUGGAAAAUUAUGUACAUGUAAGUCAUGGAGCAUUCGAUAUGACAAAACUGAAGAAAGAUGUUGAUAAAAUGGGAUACACUAUUUCAGAUAAAGCCAAGAGUUUUUUGGCUACUAUGGAACAAUUUGAACAAAAUAAAGUGAAGAGUUUUGGAGGUCUACUCACCUCAAAUCAUCCAGCUACAACUUCAUCUAAACCUGUAAUAUCAGACAUCAUGAACAGUGUAUUAGGGCAAAGUGCAAUGCGGUCUCUGCUAGGUAAAUCACCUCAACUUGAUUCUGGCAGUCGUGGUGAAGAAUCUAACAUUUACUCCAUGUUACAAGCAGUAUGUGGUAAUGUGUCUCAAAUGAGGGAAUCUUCUAAGAAGGAAAACAUAAAUGGCUCAACAUUUUCCCCUGACUCAGGCAAUGGCAGUCUUUCAAGAACAUUAAGUGUUGAUGCUGUAGAUACUGAUUGCAAUAAAGACAAUAAAGAAUUGCUGGAGAUAAUUGAUCAGAAAAUACAGCAGGCAAAAACUGAGCUUCAAGACACACUUGCAGAGACAGCAGAGAAACUAACAUUACAAAUUGAAACAGCUAAGAGCGAGAUAAAUCAAAAACUUGAUACUGUAUUGGAACUAUUAAAACAUAUUUCUAAAACAAAUGAAAUGCCUCAAACUCAAAUGCAUUCUGAGCAAUUAAUAGUGGAUAAAAGUUGAACAAAAAGUACAUUAUUAUGUUUUUAUUUUGUUUAGCAGUAUUUAAAUAAUUUAGUAAGAAGAAAAAACAACCCACAAAUAUAUCAGUAUUCAUUAAAGGAGUUUCAGUUUAGUUUUAUUGUUUUAACAAAAUAUGUUACAGCAAAGGUUUUUAAUCAUUUAUGUGCACAUUGCAGUUGUUUUAAAAAAUCAAUGAAAUUUUUUUUUUGAAAAUAAAAUGAAUAAGCUAAAGUUCAGCUAAUUUAUGACUAGAUCAUCAAAUGUUUUCUUUCUUCAAGAAAUUUCUGUGUACAUUAGUGAUGUUAAUUAUUUAUUAUAAAAAGAACAAUUUCACACAAUAAAUUAAUUUACAAGAAUA